AUGGAGGAAACUGAACUGUGCUUUCCACAACUCAACACGUCCUGCAGGAAACUGAAACGUCCUCACUCGCACACUGUGCUCAUUUACAUUGUGCUGUCCUCCAUCGCUCUGCUGACGGCGACCCUCAACCUGCUUGUCAUCAUCUCCAUCUCACACUUCAGGCAGCUCCACACUCCCAGUAACAUCCUCCUGCUCUCUCUGGCCGUCUCUGAUUUCUUCGUGGGUCUCCUCAUGUUUUCUCAGGUUAUGCUCAUCGAGGGCUGCUGGUACCUCAGUGACCUCAUAUGUGUCCUGUAUUAUGUUUCCAACGUGAUCGCCUCCUCUGCUGCGAUAGGAACCAUGGUGCUUAUUUCAGUUGACCGCUACGUGGCUAUUUGCUACCCUCUACAUUACUCCACCAAAGUCACUCCAAAAAAAGCCAGAAUCUGCGUUUCACUGUGUUGGAUCUUUUCUCUCAUAUUCGUUGGCAUGCUGCUGAGAGACAACCUCAGACAACCAGGCAGGUAUAACUCCUGCGCUGGGGAGUGUGUGGUUGCUGCUAACUUCAUCGAACAAGUUGCAGAUCUUAUUUUGACCUUCGUUAUUCCCAUCACGGUCAUCAUAGUCCUGUACGUGAGAGUGUUUGUGGUGGCUUUGUCUCAGGCUCGCGCCAUGCGCUCUCAUAUCGCGGCCGUCUCUCUGCAGUGUCCGGGGAAAGCAGCUGUGAGGAAAUCUGAGCUGAAAGCAGCCACGACUCUUGGCGUUGUUGUCGUUGCGUUUCUGUUGUGUCUCUGCCCGUAUUUCUGCGUUACACUCACAGCAGACGACACUUUGUUCAACACGUCGUCUGCUGCCAUUGUAAUAUGUCUGUUCUACUUCAACUCCUGUCUAAACCCCAUCAUCUAUGCAUUUUUCUAUCCCUGGUGCAGAAAAUCUUUUAAACUUAUUCUUACACUCCAGAUACUGAAGCCUGGCUCCUGUAAUGCCAACGGGAACGAGGCAUCACACGGCACCUUUGCCAAGUGGCUGGUGGACCUCAGAGUAGACCACAGCAACCUCCCAGAGGAUGAACCAGUCACUAUUACCAAGGCAGAGAUCCAACAAUGA